GCGCCGUUCGUCAGCAAGUCUUUUUCGAUCCACGCGCCUGUCAACGCCAUCGGCAGCAAUCUUUUCGCAGCCUGCGUUUAUUCUGCAGUUUCACCGUACCGUGCGGUCGCGGAACCUAACGUCAGAGCCAUCGCCAGUGCUGAACCAUGCCGAAGAAUAAGGGAAAGGGAGGUAAAAAUCGUCGUCGCGGUAAGAACGAGAACGAGUCGGAGAAGCGAGAACUGAUCUUCAAGGAGGACGAGCAGGAAUACGCACAGGUCACAAAAAUGCUGGGCAACGGCCGCCUGGAGGCGAUGUGCUUCGACGGUGUGAAGCGCCUCUGUCACAUCCGUGGCAAACUGCGGAAAAAGGUCUGGAUCAAUCAGGGUGAUAUCAUUUUGAUCGGCCUUCGCGAUUACCAGGACUCGAAAGCGGACGUUAUUCUCAAAUACACACCGGAUGAGGCCCGAAAUUUGAAGACGUACGGCGAAUUCCCCGAAUCGGUGCGCAUCAAUGAGACGGUCACGUUCGUCGAAAACGACAUGGAUGACGAUAUCGAGUUCGGUGACGACUACAGCUCUUCGGAGGAGGGCGAUGCGAUCGACGACAUCUGAUCUGCUCAUCAACAGCAUCUUCAGCAGCAGCAGUUCCGAUAACUCUUUUAACUCCGCCAACCGCAGAACCCUCCACGAGGAUGCCGAACCGCUGAUGCACCCAAGCAGAGAAUAUUCGAGUGGGUUUUGCAGGUUACAUCAAAUUAUAUCCUUUGUUUUGUUGCAUUGUGUUUGCGUGGACGCAAACGUCGACGUAGCAGGAGAGCGGAGCGCAGUACAGAGCGAAGGCCGUGAAGUAUUGGUGUUGUAUAAGAAGUUCCAAAAUUUCAAGAAAAAUCGUUUAUAUAACACACAAAACACCCCGGAAAUCAC